CAGAAUCCUCAACAGCCACAACAACUCCUGCUGGAGCAUCCACCACUACUGGAGCAGUUAGUACAACAGCACUACACACAACAGCUUCUACUUUUACUCCUGCCACUCCCUCUUCAACUGCCUUUGAAAGUACAGCUGUUAGUAUGGCCCAAACAUCCAUAACAUCAACAACUGCAACAACAGGAUCCUUGACAGCUACAACAACUCCUGCUGGAGUUUCCACCACUACUGGAACAGUUACCCCAAUUGCACUUCACACAACAGCUUCUACUUUUACUUCUGCCACACCCUCUUCCACUGUCUUUGAAAGUACAAAUGUUAGUACGGUGGGAAAAUUCACAACACCAACAACAGCAACAACAGGAUCCUCAACAGCAACAACAACUCCUGCUGGAACAUCCACCACUAUUCGAGCAGUACCCACAACUGCACUACACACAACAGCUUCUACUUUUACAUCAGCUACUCCCUCUUCAACUGCCUUUGAAAGUACAACUGUUAGUAUGGCUGAAACAUUCACAACACCAACAACUGCAACAACAGGAUCCUCAACAGCCACAGCAACUCCUGCUGGAGCAUCCACCACUAUUGGAACAGUUACCCCAAUUGCACUUCACACAACAGCUUCUACCGUUACUUCUGCCACACCCUCUUCCACUGUCUUUGAAAGUACAACUGUUAGUACUGCUGAAACAUUCACAACACCAACAACAGCAACAACAGGAUCCUCAACAGCCACAGCAACUCCUGCUGGAGCAACCACCACUACUGGAGCAGUUACCACAACAGCACCACACACAACAGCUUCAACUUUUACUUCAGUUACUCCCUCUUCAACUGCCUUUGAAAAUACAACUAUUACUACAGCUGAAACAUCCAUAACACCAACAACUGCAACAACAGAAUCCUCAACAGACACAAUAACUCCUGCUGGAGCAUCCACCACUACUGGAGCAGUUACCACAACAGCACUACACACAACAGCUUCAACUUUUACUUCUGCCACUCCCUCUUUCACUGUCUUUGAAAGUACAACUGUUAGUACAGCCGAAACAUCCACAACACCAAAAACUCCAACAACAGGAUCCUCAACAGCCACAACAAGUCCUGCUGGAGUAUCCACCACUACUGGAGCAGUUACCACAACAGCACUACACACAACAGCUUCAACUUUUACUUCAGCCACUCCCUCUUCAUCUGCUGUUGAAAAUACAGCUGUUAGUACGGGCCAAACAUCCAUAACACCAACUACUGCAACAACAGCAUCCUCAACAGCCAAAACAACUCCUGCUGGAGUAUCCACCACUACUGGAACAGUUACCCGAACUGCACUUCACACAACAGCUUCUACUUUUACUUCUGCCACACCCUCUUCCACUGUCUUUGAAAGUACAAAUGUUAGUACGGUGGGAAAAUUCACAGCACCAACAACAACAACAACAGGAUCCUCAACAGCAACAACAACUCCUGCUGGAGCAUCCACCACUACUGGAGCAGUUACCACAACUGCACUACACACAACAGCUUCUAAUUUUAAGUCAGCCACUCCUUCUUCAACUGCCUUUGAAAGUACAACUGUUAGUAAAGCUGAUGCAUUCUCAACACCAACAACUGCAACAACAGGAUCCUCAACAGCCACAACAACUCCUGCUGGAGCAUCCACCACUACUGGAACAGUUACCCCAACUGGACUUGACACAACAGCUUCCACUUUUACUUCUGCCACACCCUCGUCCACUGUCUUUGAAAGUACAACUCUUAGUACAGCUGAAAAAUCCACAACACCAACAACAGCAACAACAGUAUUCCCAACAGCUACAACAACUCCUGCUGGAGCAUUCACCACUACUGGAACAGUUACCCAAAUUGCUAUACACACAACAGCUUCUACAUUUACUUCUGCCACUCCCUCUUCAAUUGCCUUUAAAAGUACAACUGUUCGUACAGCUGAAACUUCCACAACACCAACAGCUUUAACAACCUCUAAAGGACAUUCAGUAGCCACAACAGCUGUUGCUGGAAUAUCCACUACUGGCGCAGGAAAUACUACAACAGCACCUCAAACAACAGCUUUUACUCUUUCUUCGGCCACUUCCUUUUCAACUUCCUUUAAAAACACAAAUGUUACUGCAACCGGAACAUCCACAAUAUCAUCACCAUCAAUGACAACAACAGGACCCCCAAAAUCCACAACUCUUGCUGGAACAUCCAACACUAGUGCAGCAGUCAACACUACAGCAAGAACAACAACAACUUCAUUUUCUUUGGUUAUUCCCACUUCAAAUGCCUCUGCAACAAAUGCUGGAAGUACAGCAAAAACAACAUCAAAACCAGUAGCCUUAGCAUCUGUAACAACAACAACAACAAGAUCCUUAACCACUACAAAAAGUAAUGAAACAUCCAAUCAUACUGCUGCAGUUACUACAACAAAACCAAAAACUACAACAGCCAAAGCAAUAAUCAAUGUAACAACAAGACCCUCAACUUUCAACACAACUAUUGCGACAAAAGUUACUACAGUAGUGCCUGAGAUUAUAACAGAAUUGGUGUUUCGCUCUUUUGACACAUAUACAAAUGAUCUCAAUGAUACAAACUCUGCAGGCUUCAAGCUAAGGGCUCAGGAUGUCAAGAAUAGACUUGAACCAGUCUACAAAUUGAAGUAUGCUAACUUCGUCAGAGUGUUAGUCUUAAGUUUCACACCCGGGUCGAUCAUUACCACAACACAACUAGUUUUCAACUUGACACAAGCUGUCCCUACCGUAAAUGAAAUUGCAAAUGUCCUCCUGGCAUCUGUGGGAACAUCAGAGGUUGGACCACUGAACAUAAUUCCUUCGUCAGUUUCAGUCAAUGGUUCAGCUAUAGCUGCUACAACAGUUGCUUCGACAGUAACAGCUUCAAGCGGAUCAAAGAUUGAAUCCAGUCUGCUCCAAGCAACAUGCUUCAUUAUUAUGUCAAAGCUAUUUAGGAUUUUCCUGUAGAUUCCCUAACCAUACAUCAACCAAACAGCAACUUAUGGUCUAACUAAUUUAUACAACUUUUAAAAUUUUGAUUACAUUAAAAGUAUUGACUGUUUUAGAGCACUCUCAAAAUAUGUGUAUAGCAAUAUAAAAUUAUGCCUGAUAUUGCAAUUUGCAUCUUGGUGAAUAAUAUAUUAAAUUUAACAGCAGGCUGUUGAAACAAAUAAAGGGAUAUAAUUUCUUAUGUUUUGAUGCUGUCCUGUAGGAGGGAGAAGUGGAUCUUUUUCCUUGCUAAUGUAUAGUUUUAGAUUAAAACAAUUAUGUUAUAAUACUGUGUCUAGUGUAUUCUAAUAU